AUGUGGGGGAAGCUGGAGGAUGUUGAGAAGACGCUGCGGCAUAAUGUCAACCAGAGCGAAGGUAUGGCACGCUACGGCUGGACUGCGUACGAUACACGAGAGGGCGGCAGACAGAUCAUAGAAGAUGUGGGCAAUAAGAUCAAUCUGACCACUGAGUUCGUGAAAUAUUCCGAAGGCCAAAGCGCGGGCAAUUGGGGGUUGCGGAUUAGAGGUAUACCACGGUCUGGUGCGGGGCCUGAUCAGAAGACGACUGUCGUCUUCUAUGUUGGUAUGGAGGCCAUGGGGGCUUGCGCAACUUGCAAGCUCGAGGCGCAUCCGCGACUCGGAGACGGUGGCGAUACCGCUGUUCACGCUGUAGAUAUUGAGCUCGCACAUCCGGUGCUGGGUAGCGCUGGCAUACAUAUUGGCGUACCCCUCAACAACGAAGGAGCCCCUGAGGCGGCGUUUAUCAAGACCUUGAAUGUGACAGAGGAUAGACUAUGGCAGGCCAAAUCUACGUUUUUGGCUGCGCUGAAAGACCAGACCGAGCAACGCACCCAGUCAGGGCCAACCGAUCUCGUUCUGAACACCUUCCCAGGCACGGGUAAUAUACAACUUGUGCAGUUUGUGUGUCAUGGAGGAUUCGAGUUUGAUAUCUUGUACUCCAGCGGAACAGCUACACGAGCAAUGACCUGCGGGCUCGGGUACUUUUCCGGUACUACAAAGGUGGAUACAGCCAAGAAAGCCAUCUAUGCAGAGACCACUGGCAACUUCUGGCUUAAGACGGAAGACGCGAAGAAGCAUACAACACCAGAGACGAAGGGCCCAUACGAACUUCUUACACAUACACCAUCCCGUUCGAUGUUUCCGCGAGGCUUCCUAUGGGAUGAAGGAUUUCAUCUUCUUCCUAUUAUCGAAUGGGACGCCGAUCUUGCGCUGGAGGUCAUCCGUGACUGGCUCCUUUUGAUGGACAAUGAUGGAUGGAUCGCACGAGAGCAAAUCUUGGGAGCGGAAGCAGAACGUGCGACACCUGGACCGUCCGUCACACAAUUUCCGCAUAUUGCCAAUCCGCCUACCAUGUUUCUGGUCAUCUCGAAAUUCAUCGACAUGUUGAGGGGAACGACCAAGUACUACGGACGCGAAUCGGUGUAUCUCAGCCAAAGUGAGACUGGCAAGGUAUUCGUGGCCAAGCUGUACCCGCUACUCAAGAGACACUACGAGUGGUUCCGCAAGUCGCAGUCUGGGGACGUGGAAGCUCAUUCCAUUCCAACUGCCAAUCUGAACGAGGGCUACCGCUGGCGAGGCCGAACGCCGGGAAUGAACCUUGCCAGUGGUUUAGACGAUUACCCCCGAGCCGAGCCCCCUGACAUCACCGAGUUGCAUCUAGAUGCCUUGUGCUGGGUCGGAGUAAUGGCACGAACACUAGAACAAAUAGCCUUCUUUACAGAAAGCACCCACGAUGCAUUCACCUACCAGAACCACGUCCGCGGCAUCAGAAACAACCUCGAACUCAUCCACUGGGAGGAUGCCCAAAACGCCUAUUGCGACGCCGUCGUCCGCAAAACCGUCCACACACACGCCUGCCACAAAGGCUACGUCUCCCUCUUUCCACUACUGACCGGCUUCCUCGACGCCUCGCACCCACAUCUGCGAUUCGUCCUCGACCUCAUUCGCAACCCAAGCCACCUCUGGACCGACCACGGCGUGCGCAGCCUCAGUGAGGGAGACAAACACUACGGGGUAGGCGACAACUAUUGGCGAUCCCCUAUCUGGAUAAACUUCAACUACCUUAUCCUCGAGCGCCUGCUCUCCCUCGCCCAAACACCAGGACCAUUCCAACGGCGCUGUCAGGAAAUAUACAUCCAACUCCGCCGCAACAUUGUCGAGACGGUUUAUACGUCCUACCUUGACACGGGCUUUGUCUGGGAGCAGUAUGAUCCUGUUGGCGGCCACGGGCAACGCGGUCAGCAGUUUACAGGGUGGACGGCGCUGGUGGUGAAGAUCAUGAGUAUGCCGGAUUUGGAGGCUGAUGAGGGUGUUAGGGAGAUGGUGAAGGGGUAUUAUGAGGAGGCGAAGAAGAAGGCGGUGGGGAAUAAGGGGGUUGGGGCUGGUGCGGGGAGUUUGGUCGUGGUGGUGGGCAUCGUGGGGUUUGUCUGCAAGCUUGCAGCUGAAGAGAUGCAGUUUAUUGCCAUGAGGGUGAACACGAUUACCUUUGUCCCUGCGCGUUCCGAAGCAGAUGGUAUCAAGUAUAACGACCUUGACUCCAAAGCCGGCCGCUUCGAACGGCUCCUGCAGAGUGCGCGGCGCAUGAAAAUACAUAUUCUACAUCACGUCGCCAAAGGCGGAUGUGUUACACCUGCCAUGGUGGAUGAGGUAGCAGCAAAAUUCCCUGGUAUUGCCCGCUACUACCGUAAGCAUACGAUGCCGUCAAAGACGGAGAACAACUGA